AUGAAACAACAUGCUGAUCAACUUGGUAUUGAGGUAGACUUCUCAGUGGAAGAAGAGCCCUUGGGUACAGCUGGACCACUAGCUUUAAUAAAAGAUCGGUUAAAAGGAAAUGAACCGUUUUUUGUACUGAAUUCUGACAUUAUUUGCGAAUUCCCAUUUCGCAAGAUGAUUGAAUUUCAUAUGAGUCACGGUCAUGAGGGGACCAUUGCUGUAACCAAGGUUGAAGAACCAAGCAAAUAUGGUGUCUGUGUAUUUAAUGAAAAGACUGGAAAAAUAGAUAGUUUUGUCGAGAAACCAGGAGAAUACGUUGGAAAUAAG